AUGGAACCUGGAAAAAGUAAAGAGGUGGUGACAACCACAAAGCCAUCCUUUACUGCCUCUGCUGCAACAACUCAAGCACAUUCACAGCUCUUUAUAAGAAACAUAAAACCUACUUACAAUGCUCAAGGUACUCCUGUUCUCGAACCACUUACAGGCUCAUUCCCACCUCCUCAGUCACAACCGGCUGGCCGGGAGGCAGUCAUUGGCCUGCCACAUGAAGAAAAUAGGAGGGGUGGAUCUGUGAGUAGAAAGAGAGGUCGGCCUAAAAUGUUUGGCCCACAAGGAUGCAUGGCCUUCUCAUCUUACUCUCAGCUCCAGCAUUCAAAUGCCAAUUCUUCCCCGGGAGGUUCAAGCUUGAAAGCUCGAGUAAAAAGAGGCAGACCUCUUGGUGAAAUCAAGCAGCACAAAAUGGAGGCUCCUUUGGUUACCAAUUUAGAGUAUAAGCUCAAAUCUGAUGAGGUUUUCUACUUUGCAGGAUCAGCAAGCAGGGGAUUUAUUCCACAUGUGGUCACUGUGCAAGCUGGAGAGGAUGUGUCUUCCAAAUUAAUGUCAUUUUCUCAAAAUGUUCCUAGGACCAUCUGUAUUCUAUCUGGAAGUGGCGCCAUAUCUACUGUAACUUUACGUCACCCUGCAAGUUCUGGAGGAACUACAACAUAUGAGGGGCUAUUUAAUAUAUUAUCAAUAUCUGGCUCAUUUUCGCUGUCAAAAGAUGGCCAGCAGAGCAGAACAGGCGGACUAAGUAUCUCACUAGCCUGCCAAGAUGGUCGGUUUCUAGGUGGUUGUGUGGCAGGCCCCCUAAUAGCUGCAUCUCCUGUUCAGGUUGUUGUCGGAAAUUUCAUUGAAGAAGAAUGCCGAGAUCAUGAUGCAACUAACCAGAUACCUUCAUCUGCGACAGAGAAGUUCAUUCCGGGUGGGGAUUCUACAGGUCCUAGCAGCAGCCCACCAUCACAUGGAACUCAUAGUGAGUCCUCGGGCAGGGCAACCUAUUGACCAGGCCUGGCAGCGGCAGGCCAUUGAACUAUAGAGGAGAGUAUGAAACUAGAUUUCCAGGAAUGUCUAGGCUGUCUUGAAAAAGUUUUAAUUUCAUUAAGUUUCUUAUCAUGCUGAUGACUGAUGGAUUCUUGUUAUCCAGUUGAUUAGUGAACAGGAGUCAAUUCGGAAUUUGAGCACUUAAUGUACUGUAACUGUGUGAAAAAUAAGGCUACAGGUCAUGUUCCGGCUUAGCUCAGUGUAUUUCCAGCAGAUUGACUUGUAAAAGGGGGGUUUGAACACCAGAUAAGCAUUUGAGCAUUUUUAAACUUUGGUAUUUCUUUAAAAGUUAAAUUCUGAUCAAGAAAUUUGUUUUUGUUCAACAUGCUAUAUCUUCUGCAAAGCUUUCUUUACAGACUCAGAUUCAUCAUCUACAGCAUAAAAUUGCCAAACAGCAGCUCUCCAUCUCGAAUUUGAAUAACCAAGCUCAUCCAGUUCUUCAUCAAGUGAGUUAGAUCCUCUUAUCGCCCAGUCGACCAGUCUUAUCUUCAAUCACCUUUACAGGCUUACGACACAUUUUCCUGACAGAUCUAUCUGAGCACAACAUACUUGGGAAUUACCAUUCCAUUUCUUGUUUCAAUCAUUUUGUUUAUCAUGUCUUUCGCAUUGUUGAUCCAUCUUUUUUUGACAAAGGACCUUGGGUGCAUUCUGUGAAUUAAAAUUUAAGAUCCAACAUGAGUUCUCCAGUAAUUAUCUCAUUGUAAAUCUUAUGAACUA